CACUCUUUCUUCCUUAGCUGUGCCUCCCUGCCUAGUAUUUUAACUUUGUUCUGAAAAUCUGAAAUCUCUCACUGUGUCUUUUCUUUUUCAUCCAAUAAAUAAAGUCUUUGAGCAAAACCAAGCUUCACAAACUUCAAUUAAUCUCACUUUUUCUAUCUUGUCUUUCCUCACACACAAAAAAAUGGUUCCAAUUCCAACCCAGUCACUCAAGUACUCUCUUCUCGUUUUUUGCACAUUUGCCUUCAAUUUCUUAACCAUUCCUAUCUGUGCUCUGAACAUAGGAGCUGAAACCACUGGAGUAGCUGUUUCUGUUAGCAAAGAGUGCAGUAGACAAUGUGAAUCAAGCUUCUGCUCAGUGCCACCAUUAUUGAGAUAUGGCAAGUACUGUGGGCUUCUGUAUAGUGGAUGCCCUGGGGAAAAACCUUGUGAUGGCCUUGAUGCUUGUUGCAUGAAGCAUGAUCAAUGUGUGACAAACAAAAACAAUGACUACCUAAGCCAACAGUGCAGCCAAACAUUCAUUGACUGUAUGGACAAUUUUAAGAACAAGGGGGCGCCUACAUUCAAGGGAAACACGUGCCAAGCAGAUGAUGUCAUUGAAGUUAUUAAGGUAGUCAUGGAAGCUGCUUUGCUGGCUGGAAGAGUUUUUCACAAGCCAUAGAUAGAGUGCAACCUUUUCUACCCUAUCAAGCCUCAUAAAGGAAGAUAUUUGCUGACUUUUCUUCCCUUUAUUUUGUUGUAAUUCUAACAUUUAGUCAAGCUCGAAUACUUUAUUUAGUUUCACAAGAAAUGUUUCCUAUGUAUUAUUUCCAAGUUUCAACACUCUUACACUCUUUACCAGUA